AUGCUUCUCCUGGCUCUCUCAGACAUCUUCAUCGGCAACCCCACCAGCACCUUCUCCUCUAACGCCGCACUGCUCCGCCGAGGCCUCGCCAAGUCUUCCCCUCGCGCAACCAACAUGAAGCUCGACGAGCUGGAAUGCUACGGGACGCGUGAGCCAGCGUUCGAGUUCCGGAGGAGCAUGCGGAGAGAAGAAAUGAAGGAGGAGGAGGAGCGGAAGAAGAGGAGGGAGGAGUCGCGCAAGAAGAAAGGGGGAGGGGAGGCGAAACUGAGGGAGAAAAUAACAAGUAAGGGGAACAAGACAAAGUCGAAGCUGCUGUCAACCAACAAGAACGUCACGAAGAUGAUGGAGAACGUGACGGUCAAAGAUGAAAAGGAGGGAGAAGUCAACAUGCAGGUACAAGAGAAGGUUGUUGAGUCCAUGUUCUCCUCGAGCGAUCUGUUUGCUGCCGAGGACUCCAGCUGGAAAUGUCAGCAUGGCAAGAUAAGUGAUGGGAGACACGAGUGGUACAUAGGUGAGAUUCUGCUGAGAUGCCCGUUCAUGAUGCCGAUGAUGAUGAUGAUGAUGAUGAUGAUGAUGAUGAUGAUGAUGAUGACGAUGAUGAUGGAAACAGAAUACGAUGAUGAUAUUGCUGUGGUUUUCUUUUUCUAG